AUGACCAACCCACCAGCCACUUUCCGCGGAGCUAGCCCCGAUUUGCUCCACUCUGUUAUUCACUCGACAUAUCGCCUCGAGUCAGCGUACGCGCUGUGGUGUGACUCGGUUGACCCAGAUCUCAACUUUGUCCACGCGCCUCCGACCAGCGCACUCGCAACUGUCCUCGCUCUUCGUGGGCUCACCCUGCGCCUGCUACUUCACCGUCGCGUCAUGCUCACUGGUAUUCGUGACCACCUCGGUGUGCGCUCCCGCUCGACCACACCUACAGGUCCAGCUACCAGUCUCAAGUUCCUGGAGGCCAGACAGCGCGAGAUCAACUUUGGACUGAGUAUCGGCAUCAUCAUCGACACGGCCGUGUUCACCAUCCGGAUCCUGGACAGCCAGUGCAGUGAGGACCUGGUGCUUUCAGCGCCAUGGUACCUGCUGUUCUAUUCCAUGAACUCGUUCAUGUCGCUUAUUGCCACCUUCCUCCUGGACCUGACCCGCUGGGCGACGUUCAUCAGGCAAUCCGGCGUCACCAUUGUCAACUCGCUGCACAUGGUUCACGGGUUUGUGCGCAAGAUUAGCAACCGCUACCGUCGCUCCAGUGCGCGCCAGGCACUGUUCAUCAUCGAGCACCUCCUCCAGGCUCUUGGUCUCAGCACCGACCCCUCGCAGGGCGUACACACCCUCGCCAACGUGGCGCUGGAAGGGUCGUCGUCCAACAGCAACGCGUCGGGACAGCUGCCACAGGCGGCCACCUCGUUUGCUGAAGACAUGUUCUUCAGCAACGGUAUGGGUCGCGGCCUGUCGGACCUGCCACACCUCGACUUUGAGGAGUUGUCCAAGACGCUCGGGCUGGAUUCCAUGAUGCCCAUGGAUUUCACUGAUUUCGGGCUGUAG